GGCAGGGCGGCCGGGCAUUGUGUGCGAGCCAGGCCGGAGCGGCUUCUCUCUCCCUCCCUCUCUCUCUCUCUGCUGCAUUUCUUUUAAAUUUCCUCAGUGUAUUUUUUUUCCAUUUGCCAUUUUCACUCUCCCAUAUUCAGUAAUGUAUGUGCAUUGUAACCCUGUAGACGACGUUUUGUUUCAUUGCUGUGGCAAGUUGGGCGCGUGCUUGCUCUCUCCGCCCCCACCCAAACAAGAGAGGCCGCCUUUAGCUGCUGGGUGCAGACUGAUGUAAUCUCCUUCACUUGAACCCUCUCUCAUAUGUUGGAUUGCUUCAAGCCAAUUCUUAAAUUCCGUGAUCUCCCACCGAGCAGCAGGAACUACCACGUGCUUCGGUGCGCCGGUCAAGGGGAGUAUAAAGUUUCUCGCCCAAAAGCAGCAGGUUAUAACAGGACUGUCUGCCUUGUUGAUUGUUUGAGAGGGUGGAGAGAGUCGGCUACGGAAAGCCUGACUGCUGAAAAACACACGUACUACCUGCUCUGGUGAACUUCAUUGAGCUGCUUCAUCCAGUUCACUGAGCACGUCGAGAGGGCAGUCGAGUCAUCUUCGAACAACAGUGGGUCACACGCGGCGUGUUCGCUGGCCAGGUCGUUUGCCAGAUUCCUAAGGCAUGUCUUCAGUUUGGACGUAGUUUUCUGAUAAUGUAAGGUGAAUUGAUCCACCUUUUCACUGUGACAACAUGGAGGUUGAUUCUAAGAAAUCUGCUGGUGAUUCCUUUAGACUUAAGAAGGAUAUCUCCUUGUUGCAUGGCGUUUGCCUGAUCGUUGGAAAUAUGAUUGGAUCUGGCAUCUUUGUUUCUCCCAAAGGAGUCCUAAUAUUCAGUGGUUCCUAUGGCCUUUCAUUGAUUAUCUGGGCAAUGGGAGGAGUAUUUUCUGUCUUUGGAGCACUCUGCUAUGCAGAACUUGGAACAACUAUAAAGAAAUCUGGAGCAAGCUAUGCCUACAUUCUGGAGUCGUUUGGAGGUUUUCUGGCAUUUCUGCGUCUCUGGACAUCUCUACUGAUUGUUGAGCCAGCAUGCCAAGCUGUCAUUGCCAUCACAUUUGCCAAUUAUCUGAUUCAGCCCUUUUUCCCAACUUGUGAUCCACCUUAUUCUGCUGUCCGAUUAUUGGCUGCCUUUUGCAUAGGUAUGCUGACACUGGUGAAUUGUGCCAAGGUGAAGUGGGGAGCUACAGUACAGGUGGUGUCCACCUUUGCUAAAGUGGUUGCCUUGAUCAUCAUCAUCAUAGCUGGGUUGGUGCAGCUUUGCCAAGGAGAAACGGAUAAAUUCCAAAACUCCUUUCAAGGUUCCAAAUUAAAUGGUGGUGAGAUGGCUCUAGCUCUGUAUUCAGCAUUAUAUUCUUAUUCUGGCUGGGACACACUUAAUUUUGUGACUGAAGAGAUCCAAAACCCUGAGAGGAAUCUACCGUUAGCCAUUGCCAUUUCUAUGCCUCUUGUAACUGGUAUCUACAUCCUAACAAAUGUGGCUUAUUAUGCUGUCCUGGAUAUUCCCACCAUCCUCCACAGUGAUGCUGUGGCUGUGACCUUUGCUGAUCAAGUUCUGGGUUAUGUAAAAUGGCUCAUACCAUUGUCGGUGGCAAUAUCCUGUUACGGUGGCCUCAAUUCGUCCAUCAUUGCAUCUUCCAGGCUUUACUUUGUCGCUUCACGUGAAGGUCAUCUACCCAGUGUUCUGUGUAUGAUCCAUGUUCUAAAGUACACCCCGAUUCCAGCCCUGUGUUUUAAUGGAGGAAUGGCUUUGAUCUUUCUCUGCGUAGAAGAUAUUUACAACCUUAUUAAUUACUUCAGUUUUAACUAUUGGCUCUUUAUUGGCCUAUCAGUUGCAAGUCAGAUUUAUCUGAGGUGGAAGUUUCCAGAUCUACCAAGACCUGUAAAGCUCAGCUUGUUUUUUCCUAUUGUGUACUGCUUGUGCAGCUUGUUCCUCGUGCUGAUGCCCCUCUACAGUGACACCAUUAAUUCCCUAAUUGGGAUUGCAGUUGCACUCUCAGGAGCUCCAGUUUACUUUCUCUGCGUGUACCUCCCCAUUGAUAAACGACCCAAGUGCCUUGAAAAACUAUUACGUAUCUUCUCUUUGCAAGUUCAGAAGUUGACCAUGUGUUGUCUAACCGAAAAUGAAUUUAAAGAUGACAAGGAAUCUUAACCAAAAUCUAUUGAAAACUGUUCCACAUACAUGGUACUAGGUAUGGUUUGUACAGAUACCCAAUUCUUCUGUUGUUAAACCAAUGUGACUCAUGACUUGAAUCUAGCAUACUUUAAAUUUGACAAUCAAAAUACUACAUCUCGUGAUUGGACUAUUUCUCUGGUAUUAAUUAUUUUGGAAUACUGCUUUUUCCUCUUUUUUUAUGGAAGUAAAUAACAGACUUAUUAUAAAUAUUGGUGCUUUCAUUUUGGACUGUGUAUUUUCUCCUGCAAUGGACUGUUGACUUUGGUCACUUGCUGUUGGGUUUAAUGAUGGUGUAAGUCCUGGAGUUGUGUGAAAGCUACUUUUGGAGCAAUACAAUGGUGGAAAGCCAUAGCAAAGCUGGGAGUACAGAUUCAUUGGUGUGCAGAAUUGUCUAAUGGAAGCAAGAAAUUCUGGAUUAAUUCCCUUUCCUUCCUAAAAUUUCACCCCUUGACUUGGAGAAGGCAUUUCUCCCUUUGCCCAUUUUAGGACACUCUCCAUAACUCACAUUAAUAGUGACCCAACACUUGGGUAAUUACAGCAACAUGAAGAUUGCCAUUUAAAAUGAUUUACAUUGAAUGUCUUAUUUUGUUAUAAAAUGAAGAAUACCUUAUACAAUUUUCCUCAUUUGUUUUAACAAAUGAGCCUGUCAUUCAUAAAGUUCUGAAUCUAUUCAGUCUGGGCUUAUCCAGAAUAUGGACACAGCCUAGUUCUGGAAAAUUUUGUUUCAAUAAGUACUUGUGAUAGAAGAAGCUUCAACAGUGUGUCGUAGAACAAUGCUGUGAAAUAUGAAGCAAGAACUCAAUUAAAACAGCCAAGGGAAAAGGUUCAAAGUGCAGAGCAUCAGAUUUGCACAAAUAUUUGUCCAGUUAAUACAUUCCAAUAAAGAAGGGGAUUAUAUGGAUUAGUCAAGGGUAGUUGGUUAGAGGAAAACGAGAAAUGUUUACAAUGAGGAAAUGCAGUUUUUAUGUAAACUUAAAUAUUUUAAAAUGGCAACUCAUCAAGUGACAAUCACUGCCUGAUCCUGUUCUCACCUACUGCCUACUCAGAUGCAAAUCCAGCAGAAGUCACAGUAGAUUGAUCAGGUCAAGGAGACUUGGUGGUCUUUCCCUUUCCUUGGCACAAGGGCCACUGGGGUACAUCACAGUUACAACCCCAUUGAAAACAACACUAUGACUGAACUCACUUUUAUAAGAUAAUCAAAAAACAGGGGAAAGUAUUCAUUACAUCCUGUUUCAGGAUUGGUAGGACCUGUAUUUGUGUAGGGCCUGAAAUAUUUUUGCUAAUUACAGUUGCUGGUUUAUGAGGCUGUCAGGAAUGUUACAAUUGCAGCACUCUAGAUCAUAAACACUAGGGAAGAUCACAACACUACAACAUCUGAAAUAAGGUGUGUUUCAAAAGAGAAGUUCUUUUAUAUAAUUGCUCAACAAUUUAAUAUUCAGCAUUUAAACUGUUUACAGAUCUACUUGUAUCUAUUCUGUGAUAGGUACUAGGGUACUGCCACUUGUAGUGAAUUAUUCUGUUGUUUGGAGAGCUGUGCAUUAGGAGCACAGGUCACUAUUCUACACCACCUGUACAGUAGAGUCACUCCUAACAUCCAAUUCCUUACUGUCUGAUCAAUCUGUGUUACAACCUCUUGACCCCCAGCUCCGUCCAAUCUACUUCAGUAUAGUUUUGAUGCAAAUCGAUUUACUGAUCUUGUGACACAAAUUGGUUCCUUUUUGUAUACCUUGGCCAGUUUAUUCUCCAUUUCAUUUACCAAGAUUAGUAAUGCAUUGUUUAAAUAUGUAUUUUCUAUUAAUUCAGCGAGAAGUGACUUUGAUUUCUCAUCCCAUUCACUCCAAAACUCCUAACUGUGUGCGUAGGUGGGGACAUUUAAGUUUGAAUUCAGUGUGUUAAUGCCUGAUUUGCAAAUCUCUUUUCUAGUGUCUUGAGCUAUUUCAAUACGGUCACACAUUAGGCUGGGUAUAUUAUGUAACCCAUAAACUGAAUGUUUCAGACUGUUCACUAUUUGAUUCAUGAGGUAUCAGUAGAGAUUCUGUUUUCGUUUACAGAUAAUAUUUCAAAUACAAAUUGUUUCCAUUUUCUAUCCCUUUGCUCUAUCUGUACCUUUAAGCAUAAAGUGUGAACCAAUAGUACUGAUCCGUUUUGUAUUGUAAUGCGUUUAUUUUACUAAAAUUGUUUCAGAUUCCAGGGAAGCCAGACAAGUAUAUUGUUGGCUGUUAAUGAUCUUAAGAACUUACUGCUAGUUUUUGCUAUGUAAUUGUAUUUUCAUGUUGGUUUAUGUGAUUGCAGAUGAUUGCAAUUUUUUUUGUCACUACACAGUGCAGUGACUUUUUCCUAGAUGUUACAAAUAGUAAUAAAAAGAUUAUAACAGCAUACAA